UUUUAAGGUCUUCCUCCAGCAGCCUAAACAGUGCAUCUAUAGCAUCCUCAUCCACAUCCUCAUCCUCCUCAUCCUUAACUUCCUUUUUCGCCAAGAUUUUCUACAUUCGACCACGAAUUCAAAACCAGAAAUUUCAGUUUCUGCAAACAGAGAAAGCACUUCUAAAAAAAGCUCAUUUCUUACCUUAUUUAUCUUCGGCUUAGACGACGCCACUUCAGUGCGUUGGUUUCGACGGCGGGCCAAGGCCAGUGUCGACAAGAACCGAGCCGGAAAUUGACGUGGCAGUAUCAGACUGGUGGGUGGCCGUUCGUUGCGGGAAGACGGCAACGUUAAACAGUGAAGCCCCUUGGGAGUGUUAAGCGCAGAAGCAAAAGCCAUUUUGCUCUCAAUGUGAGGAAGAUGAGAUAGAAAUGCCUCUGUUCCCAAACGGUGCCGUUUUAAAGGUCACCGGACUGCACCUCUUCCGCCCAAACGCCGAUGAGAAAAAAUCACGAAAAGGCGCCGCCUUUCUGCCUAUCGGUUCAGGUUUAUCUACUACUCUUAGUCUGCGCGCCUUUAACGACCGCUCUUAGCGCCGUUUUAAUGGUAAGCUUCAACUGUUAUUUUUGCCCUGGGCCUAACCCGUCACAAUUCAAAGCCCACAACCGCUUUUUGCAGGCAGACGACAUUGCGUGAAGGAACGAAACGAUGUCGUUUGAUGCGUCCACAAGUAGCUCCGCCACAGAAGAAAAUCAUACUAUACUCUAGUUUAGUAAAGUCUCGUCUCUCUGUGUCUGAAGUUGAAGCCAAUCAUGGCAACUCCGCCAUCAUCAUCAGCACCAUCGUCAAAAUCGUCAAAGGGAUGGAUAAGCAAUAUCUCUUCAAUAGCCGCUCGCGUCUACUUCUUCCUAAUCAUUCUCCAGAUCCCGCUUUUCAGAGUUCCAUGCAGAUCUGGCAUGUGUACCACACCAUUGCAUGUCACUUCUUCUCAAUUGAUUGCAAGUGAAAUCUUUCCUAUUCCUGUGGUAAAAGCCCUUCUCUUCCCUGGAGCUGUUGCAAAUGGACUUGUAAGGAACAUGACUGUUCCAAGCUGGAAUAACGUAUUAGACAUCUAUAACUUGACCAAUGCAAAGGAAUCCCCUGCAGUUACUGACCUCCAGCGCUUAGAGGUUCUAGCGGGAAGCUACUUUGCUGUGGCUGGAGCCCUUGUGGGUCUUCUAAAACGAGGGAGGAUGAGCAUGUUUGGGACACUUCUAAUGCUUUGGGGCCUCAUCAAAGAAGGGAUCCUCGGAAAGCCUGUGAACACAGAUCCUACGAAAGCUGUGUUUGUCUACCCAACUAUGCUCAUUGCCGUAAUCGCUGCCUUCUCAUCUGUAAAGUAUGAUGUGAAGAAGGUUGUUAGAAGUGCACCUGCUAGGCCCAUUGCAAAGCCUCUUCAGAGGUCUUCAAAAUCUAAGCUCAAAUGAGUUGAAAUAUGUAAUCCAUCAAAUUUUUUAUCAACUUUUCACUGUGAAUGGGUUCAAAUUGUACGGCUUCCUGCCAAGAUUUUAUUUUAUUCUUUCUGAAAAAUAUUAUUGUCAUUUUUGUUUGUCCGAAA